CAACAAGCAGCUUUGCAGCCCAGAUGCUCUUAGCCUCCUAGGCAUGCGAUGCCACCGACAUUGCUACGCCCAACGAUGAAUGUAGCCAGCCGCACGGCAUAUACAUCAUGUCGACGAGCUGCGACUGAUGUCCUCCGUCCUCCAACUCUGCGUCCACUCCAUGCCUCCCCAAUCUUCCAACGACCACGACGCCGCGAAUUCUUCUCCUCCAACAGUGUCCUAUCAAACGCAAACGCACGCCAGCAGGGGUCCUCUGAUGGCGACAAGGGACCGUCUAGCGAGCCCGCCAAUUCUGCGUCGUUAGCAAAGCGCAAAACCGCACGGUCAGCGGGGACCAAGGCGUCUCUGCGGCGAGUUGGUCUGGAAGCACAACGAUCAAAAGCUGGGAUGCUUGAUGCCUCACCCAGCCGACAUGAUGAGGAUUCUGGGGCCCCGAAACUCGUGACGGCAUAUGCGGUGGCCGAACAAUUCGACAUGGUCAAAGCAGUCGAGAUUCUUCGCAGUAAAGGAUUCGAACCUGAUCCAUUGGGAACUGGUCUGUCGCAACAAGUCCUUCACGUCCAGGUGCCCAUCUCAUCAAUUUACCGAUCCUCCAACCCUUCGGCCCGCGAUCUCUCUGCUAGCGAUGUCGGCGACAUAUUCAUCUUCCCCUCCGGCACACUAGUAACAUGGGCGCUGCCAGAAGGAUUCACAUCAUAUUUUGCGACCCGCACGCUCCUCCCUGCGGCCGUCUCACCGCAUCCAGAGCCAGUGGAGACCGAAGACCUAGACUACAUCGAAGAUUCAUCCCGCGAGCAUAGUAUGAUUCGUGGAGAGACUAUCGUUCUCGGCACCAAACCAACGCAUGAACCCACCGGGCACACAUCCGACGUGGAAUCUCAAUAUCAAACAACAGAUACAGUCCUGACCAAAAUCGCCUUUUCAUCCGGCUUCGCACGCAGUACCAAGCUAGCAGUUCUCGAGACCAAUCUAUCGACAUAUCUACAAUCAACAGCCUCGAUCCCCACCCUCUUGUCCAGCGGUUCGCGACUCCCAUUCCAAUUAUCACGUCGAUUCAUCCUCCGUAAGACUGGCCAGCUACUCUUGCUACGCGCCCAACUCAAUCUCUACUCUGAACUCACCGACUCACUUCCCGACCUAUUCUGGGACUCACGACACGAAUUGAACCUCGAAAACUACUACGACCAAGUCGGGCGUGCGCUCGACGUGGGAAUCCGAAUCAAAGUCUUGAAUGAGAAAAUGACCUACGCAGCCGAAAUCGCCUCUGUGCUCCGCGAACGUCUCAGUGAGAAACAUGGUUUGUUUCUUGAAUGGACGAUCAUCGUCCUCAUUGCCGUUGAAGUGGGGUUUGAAGUCCUACGGUUGUGGAGAGAGGGGUUCUGGGCCGAGGUUUGGGACGGGAACGCGUUUUCUUCUUCCUCUGACGCCAUCAGCCACAGAGGCCAACAUAAUGAUGUCCGCGUUCUUGAGGAGAAAGAGUGAAAGUGAUAGGAAGGCGGGCAAAUUGGCUUGGAUAUGAUUCGUUGAUUGCAUGCACGAUCUGAUCAAGCUUGGUCAUGAAUCUAUCUCGUCAAGGAUUGAGAAUUCAAAGAACUGCAUUUCACUGAGCGACUUGUCAUACAUAUGGAGUUUAAUCGUUGACGCAGAUAUCGAUCGAAGCGCUCCCCAAUCUCCUGUAUCAUAUAGAGUCACAUCUCAGGGUUCCUCAAAAAAGAGAAAUUAGCACCAAAGCCUCUUUCAUGGUGGCCAUCUCUAAUAUGUUUCUUAUCAUGCGCAGUCCAAUGGCCAGGGUUCUGUUUUGCUGUAUUUGGGCCGGUCGAGUCAAGUCUUCGUCUCAAACACUGUGGAUAUUCUAC